ACAAAAAUUGAUGGCAAUAAUUAAAAUCCCUUGGAGCAUCUUUAUAAAUGCGAAGCAGAGCAGAACAAGUUGAAAUACCAAAAAGGUCGUGAAUCAGAAAAAGGAGUCAACGUAACUUGAUCAAAAUUGAUUGGAUCGAAACUUGAAAGGAUACGCCAGGCUGCAAAAAGCAGCUGCAACUGGCAUCGCCGCAUUGCACACAUACAGAUACAGCUACACAUGCACACAGAUACAUGAGGCAACCGCAACGCAAAAGAUACAUGCCAUGUUCCCGCUAACCAACCGCUCUUCGAGUGGCAAAAGCACCAACAAUAACAACAACAGCGGCAGCAACAACAACAACAACAGCAUUGGAAUCGACAGCAACGGGAAGGAUCAAAUAAAUUUCCAAAAUAAUUGGAGCUGCAAUAAAACAACCGGUCGACGCGCUGGAAGCGGGUAUAGCUGCAGUUUCUUAGAUCUUCAAUCGAUUCGACGGCUCUUGGAACACGAUGCCAGCGGCUCGGUCUGCCCCUCGUGCCGCAUCUCCUUCGAUAAGGGCAAGCGACGGAAACUGAUCGACACCUGCGGACACGAACGCUGCUAUUCCUGUAUGUUCCGCAACGAUCAGUGCCCCAUGUGCAUGAACAGCUCGCUGAAAGAUGUUGAUGGCGCCAAUGCUCAGGGCUAUGACACCGGCAUCGGGGGCUCCACAUCAACGAUUGUCAGUCCGUUGGGCUCCCCUCAGCCGCAGCUGAGAUCCCAUGCGCAGCGGAACGCGGCUCUGGCGCGUUAUAUGCAGCAGCAUCGUCAGGAGUCGCAGUCGCCGGACUAUCAACGCUAUGCGAGCAUUGGCAAAUUGCCGCGUGCAACGGGCAAUGCCAAUGGCAACAGCCAUGGGAUCGCUGGCAACACACACACCGUCACUGUCGACAUACACCAGCACAGUGGCCCGAGCAAGCAGCAGCAGCAGCAACACACAGCUGGCAACAGCAACAAUCUGCAUUUGGCGUACUGCGAUCUGAAUGGGGCUCCGGCAUUUGCCACGCCGCCAACGCGUCGGCGUUUCUUCAAUCACAAGAAUCUGCGCAGCGCGCUCACCGGACACCGACGCACUGCCUCCAAUGGCGGCUGUCCGCUGGACACAGCAUCGAUGCUGUCGGGCGGCAGCGACACCUUGGGCAUUGAACACCAUCCGCACUCGUUGCUGCAGCAGAAGGAUCAGCUGCGCGCCCGCCUGGGCCUGUUGCUGAACGACAACAACAACAGCAACAGCAACACGAACACCAAUACCACCACCAGCAGCAGCAGCAGUAGCAGCAGCGGGGGCGGCGGCGGCAGCGGCGACCACAAUGGCAACUCGACGAUGCAGUCGACCAGCAUCUCGAGCAGCGCUGGGGUCAGCACCACGGCGAACAGCAGCAGCGGCAAUGGGAGCGUCAGCGGCAGCUCCUCGCAACAUAUCAGUCCCGAGUCGCAGCUGGCCAGCGUCGGGCUGAGCGGCAGUCAGCUGUCAGUGGCCACCUCCCACAAGGACGAUGCGCUGAGCCUGUGCGGCAAAUUCAAGAUGGGCUGCGCCCUGCAGGAACAUCCCUACGAACAGUUGCCCCUGCCAGUGCCGGGCAAGAUGCGCAAGGGCGCCGCACGGCGUUCCACGCGCGCCCAACAGUUGCCCGCGGGCACGGCAGCUGGAGCAGCCGGAACGGGCGGCGUCGUCAAUAAGCGGGCAGCGGCAGCAGCGGCCUUGGCAGCAGUGCAGCUGGCGCUGAAGCCACUGUUCUUUGAGGUGCCGCUGCAGGAGCCCGAUCCGCCGUAUGUGGGCCGGCAGUGGCUGGUGCAGCAGCUGGCGAACAUACUGCUGGGCACGGAGACGCGCGUGGUGCUCAUCAAUGGGCAGCCGGGCACGGGCAAGACCGCCUUCUGUCUGCAGCUGGUAGAGUACUCGUGCUUUGGACGUCGUCAGAUGCAGGCGCAGCAGCAGGAGGAUGCGGAUGCCAUCUAUAGCCAGCUGGGCGCACAGAACGAGCGCAUGCGCGGCCUGGCCUCGCACAUGGUCGGCUAUCACUUCUGUCAGGCGGACGCGAAUCUCACCUGCCAGGUGCCGGACUUUGUGCACUCGCUGGCCGCCCAGCUGUGCCAGGCGCCGCAGCUGACCGCGUACCGUGACUAUCUGCUCUCGGAGCCGCAUCUCCAGGACAUACUGAGCGUGCGUGAGUGCAUUGCGGAUGCGGAGCGUGUGAUGCGCCUGGCCAUACUGGAGCCGCUCGCUCAGCUGCAUCGCGCUGGCAAGAUACCCGCCAAGGUGGCCGUCAUUUUGGUGGAUGCACUGUGCGAGGCGGAGUACCAUCGGCCGGAUCAUGGCCAUACCAUAGCCAGCUUCCUGGCCCAGCUGUCGCCGCAUUUUCCCGCCUGGCUCAAGCUGGUCGCCACGGUGCGCACCCAAAUGCUGGAGCUGGUCAAGGCACCCAGCUAUACGCAGCUCACGCUCGACAGCUGGGCCAGCAGCCAGGCCCUGCAGCAGGACAUGCUGGACUACAUCAAUGCACGCAUUGCCCACUGUCCGGAGAUUCAGCACAAUAUUGGCGGCCAGUUGGCCCAGUCGCAGGCCAAGUUCGUGUCACAUCUGCAGUCGCUGACUCGCGGCUCCAUGCUGUAUGCCAAGCUCAUACUGGAUCUGAUCUCGCGCGGCCAGCUGGUAAUCAAAUCCUCCAGCUACAAGGUGCUGCCCGUCUCACUGGCCCAGAUCUUUCUGCUGCACUUUAAUUUGCGCUUUCCCACGGCGCGCAGCUUUGAGCAGACAGCGCCCAUACUCAACGUUUGCCUGGCCGCGCUCUAUCCGCUCACGCUGGACGAGAUCUACUAUAGCAUGGAGGCAUUGCAGCAUGGCCAGGAGCCGCUCAGCUGGCCGCAGUUCAUGCAGCGCUUCAAGCUGCUCGACGGCUUCCUUAUCAAGCGGCUGGACAACACGUACAUGUUCUUUCACAGCUCGCUGCGCGAGUGGCUCAUGCGCCGGGAUGAGGGCGAGUCCAGCAAGUUUCUCUGCGACGCCCGGCUGGGCCAUGCGGGCAUCGCCUUCCGGCUCUCCCGCCUGCAGGCGCCGCUCCAGCCGCAGCUAACGCUCGAGCUGGGCCAUCACAUGCUCAAGGCGCAUCUCUAUAGCAGCAGCCAGGCGGCGCUCUCGCCGCGUGAUCUGCAAUCCUAUUGGCUGGCGGGCGCCGCCGACAACAUCUCCGCCGCUUUGGGCGCACUGCGUAACGUCUACAGUCCCAAUGUGAAGGUGUCCCGGUUGGUGCUGCUCGCGGGCGCGUCGCCGGAUCAUCGCACCGACUACAUGGGCGAUGCGCCCAUUUUGUGCAUUGCCGCCCACGAGGGCAUCUUGCCCAUGGUAAGCCUGCUGCUGGAGUUUGGCGCCGAUGUCGGUCUGACCAACAGCCAGGGCUGCACGCCCCUGAUUCUGGCCGCGAUGCGCGGCCACUGCGAUGUGGUGCGCCGCCUGGUUGCCGCCGGCAGCAGCCUGGGCCAGCUGGACACGACGCAACGCUGCGCUCUAGUCCAUGCCGCACGCAUGGGUCAUCUCAGUGUGGUGCAGUAUCUGCUGGCCUGCGACUGGUCGCCGCGCCCACGCUCCCAGGAUGUGGGCCGUUCGCUGGCUCUGCAGCAGGCGCUCAUUGGUGCGGCUGCGCAGGCGCAUGUCAAAAUACUCGAGGAUCUGCUGGAUCUCAACGAGCACGAACUGGACGACCUCAGCGUCAAUGUGAACGGCCUGGAGCCGAGCAGCGGCGAGCUGGCGCUGACGGCAGCCGCACGACACGGCUGCACGGAUGCGGUCAACAUUCUGAUGUCGCGUGGCGCCCAAAUCGAUGCACGGAAUCGUCAGGGCUAUACGGCCCUCUGGCUGGCCGUCAAGGAGGGCCAUUGGAGCGUGGUAGAGCAGCUGCUGCAGCGCGGCGCAUUGCUGGACGAGCCGCUGGGUCAGGCGCGCAAAACGCCGCUGAUGAUCGCCGCCGAGGAGGGACAUCUGGAGCUGCUGGAGUUGCUGCUGGCACGUGGCGCCACAUUGGAGGCCGAGGAUCAUGAGGGUUUCACCGCGCUGAGCUGGGCAUGCCUGCGCGGCCAUUUGGCAGCGGCCAGGUGCCUCAUUGAGCACGGCUGCAAUCGACAGCACGAGGAUCACAAAGGACGCACCGCCUUGGAUCUGGCCGCGUAUCAGGGCGCGGCCAGUCUGGUGCUCUAUUUGCUGGAGCAGGGCGCUAAUCUGGAGCACAUCGAUGUGCAUGGCAUGCGGCCGCUGGAUCGUUCCAUCGCCUGCCGCAAUAUACAGGCGGUGCAGGUGUUUCUGCGCAAGGGUGCCAAACUGGGACCCACCACUUGGAGCAUGGCCAUGGGCAAGCCGGAGAUUCUGGUCGUGCUGCUCAACAAAUUGCUCGAGGAUGGCAAUGUGCUGUACCGCAAAAAUCGCUUCCAGGACGCCGCCCAUCGCUAUCAGUAUGCGCUGCGCAAGAUCUCCGGCCUGGAGCAGCUGCUCGAGCGGAAUGCCGUAUUUGCCCAGCUGCGCACAAAUCUGCUGCUGAAUCUGUCGCGCUGCAAGCGAAAACUGAAUGAACUUGACGCCUCCAUAGAUUUGGCCACGCAAGCCAUACUGCAGAAGCCGCACAGCUACGAGGGCUACUAUGCCCGGGCCAAGGCGCGCAUGGAGCUGGGCGCACUUAACGAGGCGCUUGUCGAUGCCAAUGAAGCCAUGCAACAGGCGGCCCAAAGUGGAGUCCUCUGCGAGGUCGUUGAAGUCCUGAAGCGUAUCCAAGCCGAGCUCCUCACGCGCAUCACCAGCGAGGAUCAAUGCGCUGGCAAGCUGGCAGGCGCCGGAGUCGGUAUCGGAAACGGAGCCGGUGCCGGUGCCAGUGCCGUCUACGAAUCUCAGCAGGAGAUGACCGAUUUGUAAAUGUCCUUUGUUGAAACGAAUUCGAAUCACAAUCUUAACUUUCUAAUUUUAGAACUAGCUCUUAACUGUGUUUCUAUUUAUUGCCUUUGGAAAUUUGAUUAAUUUAAAAAAUUAUUUUGUAUUCUUUCUUUUUCUUU